AACAGUAUCAGUUUGCUAUGGCGAGCCACGUAAUGUCGAGUUUUCCCAUCCUUUAGCCUCAAAGUUUCACGCUAUCUUGUCAGUCCGAAAGUCAAAAAUUGCAGAUAGUUACGGUGCAACUGAUGGUCUGCUCUUUCUCGUAGCAAAGAAUGGGCUCAACGGCAGAAAGUAGUUUUUGCUACUCCACUUUUUGGGACUAUGCGACAAUAUGGGAUACAUCAAACCCAGACUUGUCCCUUUGCUUCGAGAAGACCGUCCUGGUGUGGGUCCCUUGUCUGGUGCUGUGGCUGCUUUCUCCUGUAGAGAUUUGUUUCAUCCUCAAGAGCAAAUGUCGGGACAUCCCAUGGGCCCCCUUGAUAACAGCCAAACUGUUGCUAAACCUGGUGUUGAUAGGCAUCAGUGGUACCAACCUUGUCGGAUCAGCAAUUCAACACUUCCAGGGCGAGAACGUGUUCCCCGUGGAUCUGUGGACACCAGUGAUACAAACACUGACUUUUAUAUUAGCAUUUGUGCUCCUAAUAUGGGACAAGGUGCGAGGACUCCACACCUCCGGGGUGCUGUUUAUAUUUUGGCUACUGUUGAGCGUCACAGGAGCUGCCCAGUUUCGUACGGAGAUCAUUCGGGAUGACACCCUAAACUCAGAGGAAAAUGCCUUCAGAUAUGUCCUGUAUAUGAUCUACUACCCGGUCGUUGUGGUGAUGAUGGUGAUAAACGUGUUUGCAGAUCGACCUCCGAGAUAUUCAAAUUAUUCUAAAUACGAGAAAAUAUGUCCUGAAAUCGAGUCAUCAUUUGUGAAUCGAACACUUGUCGGCUGGUUUGACGGACUUAUUUGGAGAGGGUUUCGGAAGACUUUGACAUCUGCAGACCUCUGGCAUCUGAAACUUGAAGACACAUCGGCAUACCUGGUUCCACGAUUUGAGAAGCGAUGGAAGAAAAAUGUCGAAAACGCUCACGGAAAUGCAGCACCGACCAGAAAGGAUAUACCAAAUGGGACGCAUAAUGUACAAAACCCACAAAAGAAACAAAGAAAACCAGUAUCGGUAUUGGGACCCAUGUUGAAAAUGCUGUGGCUGCCUAUUUUGACUGGAGGAUUGGCCAAAAUAGUAGCGGACGCUUUAGAGUUUAUCAACCCUCAAAUUUUGAAUUUGAUAAUAAGAUACAUCGCCGGGCGAGAUUUCAUGUGGAAGGGAAUUCUCUAUGCGGUCACCAUGUUCUUGUCGGCUGAACUUUAUACUCUAUUCCUGAACAAAAUGGCGAUGAAUAUGUACAUAGUUGGAAUAAACUGGAGAACUGCAAUCAUGUCAGCUGUUUACAAAAAGGCACUCCGCAUUUCCGCUGCAGCCCGCAAGGAGUCAACGGUGGGAGAGGUGGUCAACCUGAUGGCUGUGGAUGCCCAGCGUUGCUCAGACUUCGCUCAGUACAUCCAUUACAUCUGGACUGCUCCAAUAUCCAUCGGAGUUGCUUUGUACUUCCUGUGGAACCUCCUAGGCAUCUCGACGUUGGCAGGCCUGACUGUCAUGUUGAUCGUCAUGCCCAUCAACAGUGUAAUCGCCAAUAGGAUGAAAACAUUACAAGCAAAGCAGAUGCAGCUGAAAGACGAAAGAGUGAAACUAGUGAAUGAAGUCCUAUCUGGCAUAAAGGUUUUAAAGCUUUACGCAUGGGAGCCAAGUUUUAGAGACAAAAUCACAGACAUCAGAGAAAAAGAGCUCAUGAAGCUGAGGGCAGCGUCCUUGUGGAACUCUUCCGUUUCCUUUUUGUGGUUGUGUUCAUCGUUUCUCGUAUCAUUGGCUACUUUCGGGAUGUUUGUGCUGAUCGAUGAACGCCACGUGCUCACCACAGAGAUUGCCUUUGUAUCGAUGGCUCUCUUUAAUGUUAUGAGGGUCCCCAUCAUUAUCAUACCCAUCCUGGUGCAACUCACUCUUCAGUUUUUGGUAUCACUGAAAAGAAUAAGCAAGUUCAUGAAUGCAGAAGAGCUGGAUAUGGAAUCAGUUUCUCAUGACAAAAGCAGAAAGGAACCCCUCAUCAUUGAGAGUGGUUCGUUCUCAUGGAGUCCAGACGAGGGCCCAGUGCUUCGCAACAUCUCACUCAAAGUACAGCCUGGAAAGUUGGUAGCAGUGGUGGGGACGGUCGGCUCUGGCAAGAGUUCUCUCAUCUCUGCAUUCCUAGGGGAGAUGGUCAAGCUUUCUGGCUAUGUCAACACUAUAGGCAAGAUAGCCUACGUGCCUCAGCAAGCUUGGAUUCAGAAUGACACUCUCAAAGAAAAUAUAUUGUUUGGAAAUAGUUACGAGAGCAAGAAGUACUUUAGAACAGUAGAAAACUGUGCGCUCAAGGCUGAUUUUAACAUGCUGCCGGGCGGAGAUUCCACUGAGAUCGGAGAGAAGGGCAUCAACCUGAGCGGAGGACAAAAACAGAGAGUGAGCUUGGCGCGUGCAGUUUACUACGACGCAGACAUAUACUUGCUGGACGAUCCUCUCAGCGCCGUCGACUCUCAUGUUGGGAAACAUAUCUUUGAGAACGUCAUCGGCCCUAGAGGUCAACUCUACAAGAAGACCCGUAUCCUGGUGACUCAUGCGGUAACAUUUCUGCCCCAAGUGGAUGUCAUCGUUGUUAUGAAGGCCGGAGAAAUCUCAGAAAUUGGAACAUUCAAGGAACUAAUGGGCAAGAAAGGAGAGUUCUCUGAGUUUCUGAUCCAACAUAUCACUGACACCGGUGAACAGGAGUUGAACACUGAAAUGGAAGAACUUUUGAGCGAAAACGAGGAACUGAUGCAGCAAAUUCAGAGACGAAUGAGUAUUACUGGCUCAAUGAGAUCUACAUCCUCCAGUCACAGAAACUCUGUCAGCUUCGACACACAACCGAUUACGAACCAGAUUGAUAGGUUGAUUCAGGAGGAAUCGUCUGAAACGGGUGGGGUGAAGCUUGCAGUGUACCUCCACUUCAUCAAAUCAGCUGGGAUCCCGAUGGUUCUCUCGGUGUUGUUUUUCCAAGUACUCUCGCAAGGCCUAACCGUCGUCUCUAGCUUCUGGCUGACAGACUGGACUUCAGACCCCUCGACUUCUGUUGACGGAGUUCAGGUUGUGGAGAGACGAAACUACUAUUUGGGAAUUUACGCUCUCUUAGGUGUUGGCCAAGUGGUGGGGGCAGUGCUGAGUUCCUUCUCUCUGACGUUCAGCAGUGUCAUGGCUUGUAGACGACUUCAUCUUUCCAUGCUGACUCGAGUCAUACGGGCACCAAUGAGUUUCUUCGAUACCACCCCCACCGGCAGACUCGUCAACCGCUUCAGCAAAGACAUGGACGUCAUAGACAAUAUACUCCCGAUGACAGCUUAUAACGCGAUGAUAGGCUUCAUCACUGUCUUGGGAACAUUGCUGGUUAUCACAAAAUCCACACCCAUAUUUCUUGCAGUCAUCGUACCCAUUGCAUUGAUUUACUAUUUUGUACAGAAAAUAUACGUAACGACAUCAAGACAACUGAGAAGGAUAGAGGCAGUAUCAAGGUCACCCAUCUACUCCCACUUCAGUGAGACUGUGUCUGGUGCUUCUUCAAUACGGGCGUACGGGUCUGUCUCUAGAUUCAUCCACACUCAAGAGAAUCGAGUGGACUUCAACACUGCCAGUCUUAUGCCCAGCACUUUGUCUGGCAGAUGGCUCUCAGUUCGUUUGGAGACGAUUGGCAACACUUUAAUCUUCUUCGCAGCUCUCUUCGCAGUUUUGGCAAGAGAUUCUUUGGAUCCUGCUAUAGUUGGUCUGUCUGUCAGUUACGCUUUACAGAUUACAGGGAAUUUGAACUUUGCUGUGCGAUUGGCUUCAGAGGUGGAGUCGAACAGUGUUUCGAUCGAGAGAGUUAAGGAGUACUCUGAAGUCCAACAGGAGGCAGCGUGGGAAGUACAGCCCAAGCCCAAGCCUGAGUGGCCCAACCAAGGAGUGGUACAGUUCCAGGACUACCAAGUGAGGUACAGGGAGGGUCUGGAUCUGGUGUUGAGGGGAGUCACCUUCACUGUCAGUGCUGGAGAGAAGAUUGGUAUAGUUGGCCGUACUGGGGCUGGUAAGUCCUCCCUAACCCUCUGCCUGUUCCGUAUCAUCGAGGCUGCUGGGGGACAAAUUCAAAUUGAUGGUGUCGACAUCUCCAACAUCGGACUGGGCGAUCUUCGCUCCAAACUUACAAUCAUUCCUCAGGACCCAGUGCUGUUCUGCGGAACGCUGCGGAUGAACCUAGAUCCAUUUGGAGUCUACUCUGACUCUGACGUGUGGCGCGCUCUGCAGCUGGCUCACCUGGGCGACUUCAUGCGAACCUUGACGCUUGGUCUACAGCAUCCCAUCAAUGAGGGUGGAGAGAACCUCAGUGUUGGACAGAGACAACUGGUGUGUCUGGCUCGUGCUCUAUUGCGAAAGACGAAGCUGUUGAUCCUAGACGAGGCUACAGCCGCAGUUGACCUGGAGACUGAUGAUCUGAUCCAAGCCACCAUCCGAAGAGAGUUCCGAGAGUGUACGGUGCUGACGAUUGCUCACAGACUCAACACCAUCAUGGACUCUGACAGGGUGCUUGUCUUGGAUAAAGGCCUAAUUAAGGAGUUCGAUUCGCCACAAAACCUUCUGAAGUCAACAUCGACCAUAUUCUAUGGAAUGGCAAAGGACGCAGGUCUUACAUAAAACAUAUUCAGAUAACUUUUACAGAAGUGCCAUGUUCCUUAACAAAGUCAAAUUCGACUAAAAGCCUGUGUAUUAGAUAAUAAGUGUUAUAUUUGACUAGUGUUAAUUAUUCGAUUCUCCUUCAAUACUGAUUUUCUUACGCUAAUUCAUUGGCAGCUCUCUUUAUUUCUGAAUUUAGAUAUUAAUGGUUUAUAACUGUAUAACUGUGUGGUUCAUAGCUUUGCACAUAAAACUACAGAAAAUAUCAAAAGAGGAGACUUAUCUUACAAUAUGAAGUUUUGCCAUUUUCUCAACAUGGUUUCUCUAAUCUUAAUCGUGUUCUCCAAAAAUUAAAAAUUCUGGCGAUGCGCCCUUAUUAUGUUUUAUUGACACUAGAAGAUUCUUGACUAGGCUUAAAACACCAUUAGCUACGUAAAACUAUGAUGUUACAGUCUUGUUUAUAAUAAAUGACAAGAUAAAAUUAUCUGGUUAAGGAAAAUCUAUUACUUUUUUACACAGAUCCUAUCAAAAUAACCAGCAGUAUUGAAAAGAAGAUAAUUUGAUAUAAAAUGUACAAUCGUAAAAAACAAACUACAGUAUGGACCACUAAAGAGUGCAGUUGAGGAGCCUAUUUGACGCUUGACCUUGAAAAUAAGCUAACCUGUUGACCUGUUGUGCCAACUCCACUCUUUCGUGGCUCCUACUGUAGCGAUAUUUCAUAUUAAAUGUAAGCAGAUUUGAGAACUAGAUUCAGUAUUUUAGUUGCUCGUUUUCGUUUUAUUUAUUAUAAGUUAUAUUGAUAUAUUUCCAUUUAUGUACAUAGAUUUGUAAUUAUGUUCAUUUUUAAUAUAUAUUAACAUUGUUAAAUAAACUAUUGUUAUUAUA